AAACAGUGUUAAGAAAGGCAAACAAGUCAAUAAAGGUUGAAUAAGAUUUUUCUUUCUCCAGCAAUUACACACCAUAUCCACUUGUUUUUAUCCUUUCAAUCAUUCUCUCUUUUAUUUUUCACAACGCCAUUAUAGUAGCAAAGCUCCUCCUGCCCCCUUUAGAUCUCCUCUCACUGCAACACACUCCCUCUUCUCUGCUUCCCUCGAUUUCCUGUAUCCAAAUUCUCAUGUGUUCCGCUUAAAAAUCACUUCUUUUUAGAUGGAAACUCGCACGGUGGAGGAGGCGUCGCUGCAGCUUAAUUCUACGGAGAACCCAUCACCGGGAGGAGGAUCGGUUCCGACCACGAGCUCAAACACUGCUGCUCUAGCCGUGGUUAAAUCCGCCGUCAAGAAACCGUCUAAAGACCGUCACACCAAAGUCGACGGCCGCGGACGGAGAAUCCGCAUGCCGGCGGUGUGCGCCGCGAGAGUUUUCCAGCUCACGAGGGAGCUCGGUCAUAAAUCCGACGGAGAGACCAUCGAGUGGCUGCUCCAGCAAGCAGAGCCUGCUAUCAUCGCGACCACCGGAACGGGAACUAUUCCGGCGAACUUCUCAACUCUUAACGCUAGUUUACGCGGCGGCGGCGGCGGCUUUGCUCAGUCGUCGAAGUCUUCUUCUUUGCAGAUGUCUUUUCACGGUAGUGGAAUGUCUCUGUAUGAUGAUAGUAACGGGAGUAACGGAUCGUCCUCAUCAGCGGUCGUGGAUCAUUCUAGGAAGCUGUUGAACGGCGGCGUUUUCGGGUUUCACCACCCGCCGAUAAUGUCGGCGGAGAGAAAUCCAUAUAGAGAAGAUUACUUCAAGGAGUCUGAAGUAGCAGGUGGGAGUUCUCAGAAACCGGGUCAGUUUCAGGAUCAAGAAAUUGGUCCGGGUAUGGGCCGUGGAGCUCCCACGGCAAGUGUGGUGCCUCAACCUAUGUGGGCGGUGGCUCCUGGGAGUACAAAUGGAGGAAGCGCGUUCUGGAUGCUUCCUAUGAGCGGCUCUGGUGGGCGGGAGCAGAUGCAGCAGCAGCAGCAGCCGGGUCAUCAGAUGUGGUCGUUCAAUCCUGGGAGUUAUCCGGUUGGGGCGGGUAGGGUGGUGACUGCAGCACCUAUGGGGUCGAUGAUGUUGGGAGGUCAACAGCUAGGAUUAGGAGUGGCUGAGGGGAAUAUGGCGGCUGCAUUGCGUGGCGGUAGAGAAGGGGACGGUUUGGGGAUGACGCUGGAGCAACAUCAACAUCAGCAUCACCAGCAACAUCAAGAGCCGAACAACCAAGGUGAAGCUAGUGAAAAUGGUGGUGACGACAAGAAGUGAUUAGAAUCACCUCUUGACAUUGUAAUGACCACAACUCCAAUUGUAAAACAUGUUUGUUGGCUGUUGAAUGCUGCCAUUCCUGAGACAUUAGAAUGACAAAUAUGGUGAAACAUAAGUGGUUUUUAAGGUCUUGAAAACAGAUUUGUCACAUCAUUAGUGGGUUGUUGUUUGUUUGUUUUCUUGAUUUCA